AGGCGUCAUCGAGGAGUGCCGUCUUUCGCCGAUAGAUGUCAGUCAAUUGAUUUUUUUUUUGCAUACACAAAUUCUCGGCAAAUCUGUACCGUGGGCAGUGUUGGGGCGUAACGAAGUACCCAUACUUUGUUGUUGUUUUCAAGUUUAAGGUAGUUUUUGAGUUUUCAUAUGAAGUCCGUCAUUUUUCUCACGACUUCUUAUUAUAGACCGAUACUACUUUUUUCAACCUCAAGUGAUAAUGGCACAAAAUAAAUUCACCAAAAGGUAUUUAUUGCUUAAUUAUUUUUGUACUCAUUUAUCUGGCAAAUGUAUUCACAAAUUUUAUUUACUUAUCCUAUAACCGUAUAAUGGGUUUAUUGUGAAUUACCAAAUAUAAUUAAAGAAACAACUUUCUCGAUAUAAAUGUAACAAUUAGUAUUUUAUUUUAUUAAAUCUUGGGUAAUUACACUGGUAAACUAAUUUUGACCCUUUUUUUAAAAUCCAGAGAUGUAAAUAAAUUCAUCUAGAUUUUUUGGGUGAUUUUUUUGUUUUGUUUUGUUUUGCGAAUCUGCCCUAGUUUUUACUCUAGCUCACCAGGUUCUAAGAAUAUUCCAACCAUCCAUCCAUUUUGUAAUCUGUUUAUCGUGACGUGGGUCGCGGGCGUGCUGGAGCCUAUCCCAGCUGUCUUUGGGCAGUAGCAUACAGUAUAUAAUCAGCAUUAUGAAACAUACUUCUAGGCCAUAAAUAUAGAGAAAUCAAGUGAGUAGGGGGCGACCCGUAGGCAGUAAGUGAGUGUGCCUUACUCUGUCCUGAAGGUGCUAUUAGACUGUUUAACUAAAAGUCAGUUUAUACUCAAAGCAUUGCUGUUGUUGUCUCGUUUCAUUUUGACUAUUAGUUGUCCUAUAUUCUUCCUAUUUACUGGAUAAUAAUUACCGGUAAUUAUAAAAAUGUAAACAAAAUGUAUGCAAAAACUGUAAAAUAUCCUAAAAUUCAGAUUCACUGAUUGGAUGUAAUUUAGGUAUCUUUCCAUCUGAAAGCUACUUUGAUUAUUUGGUGUAUCAAACAUACGGUAUGCAUUUAUCACAUUAGAUUACAAUAACUGACUACAGCUGAAACAACAGCAAGAUAUGUAGGUUUAGUUUACACAUGUAAUACGUGACAGUGUGGGUAAACUAGGGCCAUGUUUGACAAAUGAAAAACACGGUCAUGGUCUAUUUUUUCCCAAUUUAAAAAUGAAGACAACAUCCACAUUUUGUAUGAAAUUCAAUGUCACUUCUUUAAAUUCUUAAAAAUGUUUGUUUAAGCCUGAAAAGGUGACAUACAACAAACUUGUAUAGAUCGCACAAGGUAUCAUCUUUUCUCUAUGACGGUAUAUCUGGAUAACGAAGUGUAAAGCAAACAGUUAUUAUCCUAGUGCUCAAAAAUUUCAUACAGUAGAGGAAAACCCGUCACUCGUCAGACAUUCUGUAAUUGUUUGUACAAGUGCAGCCUAGUUGCUCUAUCAGUGUACAGAAAUGCGAUACAGGAGCCUACUCGUAAGAGGGGAAAACGUUACGAGUAAGACAGUGUGCUGAAUUGUCUUGCUCCAAGUCAAAUAACAUACUAGUAUAGGGACAAUGCAAUGCAGUCAGUAUGGCAAUGCUCAAGGGCUUUCCAUGAAAGUCCCUUCACAUGUUGUUGACAUGCGGCGCCAAAUCCAAAUGUGAUUCAGUGCUCACAUCGGCGGUAUGACGAGGAGAACGUAUAUCCUCGUCAUACCACCAACUUAUCCUGGAUACGUCACAACCAACAAAAAUACGAAAACACCCCCCUCCCCUUGACCCCGUCUCAAUAUGAUUAUUGUUCAGCUUCAGCUCACUCACGUGUUGGAAAGGUUUGCUUACCAGCUGGCGAGUUGAGGAUUACCACGCGGGUCUAAGGUGCGCCGCGCGGAGGAUAUAAAAGCUGGUGGUGCGCGAGGCUCGUUGUCUUUACGCACGAAGCCAGCGGGGCCAUCGGAGGACAGCAGGGAAAUAAAAUCAGACAAUCAGUGUUUCGUUGCCACGAGAAAUUGUCGAAUUAUAGGACCCUCUUGAAAGUGGUUUUGAAAGCAUGUCAGUCGUGAGCUCCCUGUCGUUCCCGAAGCCGCUCCACAUGCGCUCUCCAGUGGCGCAGGGACGUCGACACACUUUGCCCGCCAGCGAGUUUCGCUCCCUCAGCCCGGAGGAUGCCAUCAGCGUGUUUGAGAUCGAGAGAGAAGCAUUCAUCUCCGUAUCGGGGGAAUGUCCUCUCCUGCUGGAUGAGGUGCGUCAUUUCCUCACGCUGUGUCCCGAGUUGUCACUGGGCUGGUUCGAGGAGGGACGUCUGGUGGCUUUCAUCAUCGGCUCACUGUGGGACCGGGAGAGACUUAACAUGGAUGCUCUAACCCUCCACAAGCCGCACGGCAUGACAGUCCACAUCCACGUCCUGGCUGUCCAUCGCACCUUCCGUCAACAGGGCAAAGGUUCCAUCCUGAUGUGGCGCUACCUGCAGUACCUCCGCUGUUUGCCGUACGUUCGGCGGGCUGUGCUCAUGUGCGAAGACUUCCUGGUUCCCUUCUACAAGAAGUCCGGCUUCAAGGUCCAGGGCCCCAGUGAGAUCACAGUGGGGCCGCUCACCUUCAUUGAAAUGUUCUACCCGGUCAGAGGUCAUGCCUUCAUGCGGCGCAACAGUGGAUAUUGACACUUUGGACUUGAGACUUGACCUGGUAUUUCUCAGGAUGGAUGCCAGUGGCGGGCCCCUGGUUGGGAAAGAAACAGUUGGAGUGGACGUCAGGCUCAGUGAUCAUCUUUUCAGAGCUUGAGCAUGGUGACGAACUCACUGUGCCUUUGACGAGGAAUAAAGCGUUUGCCAACGAAGCGAGUUAAAAUGGGAAAAAAACAUUUGAAAGAAAUCCAAGGUUAAAAGAAUGUACUCAUUGGGAAAAAUAUUAGAAAGGUUUUAUAUUUUGUUUGUCAUUUUAAUGUUUUCAUGUUGCAUUUUGAUAAAUGCUGGACAUUACUAUCAGUCUAGUAGGUAUAGUGGACAGAUGUUGCAAUACUUUUGUUAAUUUAGUUUACCUGAGAAAUGCAGCCCACAAGUCUAUGAAGAUGCUGGCAAAUUGAGAUUUAUUU